CCCGGGGAAGGAGCGCCGAGGUCCCGGGACCGUCGCGGGGAUGGAGCGCCGGACCCCGGCGGCAUGCACGCUGCUGCUGCUGGCGCUCGCUGCCUGCCUAGCGCUAGUCCGUGGCCAAGAAUGCAGCAACGGGCAUUUUCGUUGUGGAGAUGGAAGUUGUAUCCCUGCGGCCUGGAGGUGUGAUGGAGCCAGAGACUGUUUGGAUGACACAGAUGAACUUGCCUGCCCUCCAAUGUCCUGCAGCUCAGGCUAUUUCCAGUGUCACAAUGAGGGGACCUGUAUCCCUCAGUCCUGGGUGUGCGACCAGGACAAUGACUGUGUGGAUGGCUCAGACGAACGUCAGAAUUGCCCUGCGACAACCUGCUCAAGUCAUCAGCUGACAUGCUCCAACGGUCAGUGUGUCCCCCGUGAAUACAGGUGCGAUCACGUCAGAGACUGCGCUGAUGGAACCGACGAGAAAGAUUGCCAAUAUCCAACGUGUGACCAGCUUACUUGUGACAAUGGAGCCUGUUAUAACGCGAGCCAGAAGUGUGAUCUGCGCAUUGAUUGCAGGGACUCCUCUGAUGAAGCUAACUGCACUGGAAGAUGUUUGCACGGUGACUUUAAAUGUGGCACCGGAGAGUGCAUCCCUCGCGCCUAUGUCUGUGACCACGACUAUGAUUGUGACGACAGGAGCGAUGAACACAAUUGCGAUUAUCAGACCUGUGUUGGCCACCAGUUCACUUGCUCCAAUGGCCAGUGCAUUCAUCAGGAAUGGGUUUGUGAUGGAGAGGGCGACUGUCAAGACUCUGGGGAUGAAGAUGGCUGUGAAAGUGACCAGCAUCAUAACACCUGUUACCCUCGAGAGUGGGUUUGCCCAGGGUCUGGACUGUGCAUCUCUAUCAGUAAGGUUUGUGAUGGCGUUCCAGACUGUCCAGGAGGAGAAGAUGAGAGCAACUCUACUAGUGGAAGGAGCUGCGGUGAGAGUUUGUGCUCUGUUUUAAACUGUGAGCAUCAGUGUCACAAGACCCCAGAUGGAGGAGCAUGUUUUUGUCCCCCGUCUCAUGUCAUCAACCAGAACGACAGCCGUACCUGCAUCGGUUUUAAUGAUUGCCAGAUUUGGGGAAUUUGUGACCAGAAGUGUGAAAACCGACUUGGCCGCCACCAGUGUCUCUGUGAGGAAGGGUAUAUCUUGGAGCGUGGACAACACUGCAAAGCUAAUAACUCCUUCAAUGCAGCCUCCAUUAUCUUCUCCAAUGGUCGAGAUUUGCUCAUUGGUGACCAUCAUGGAAGCAACUUCCGGAUUCUGGUCAAGUCUGCAAACCGCGGAGUGGCUGUCGGGGUGGAUUUUCACCAUCACCUGCGCAGAGUUUUUUGGACAGAUUCUGAGCAAAAUAAGGUUUUUUCAGUGGACAUUAACGGUUUAAACAUCCAAGAAGUUCUUAAUGUUUCUGUUGAUGCUCCAGAGAAUCUGGCUGUAGACUGGAUCAAUAAUAAACUUUAUAUAGUGGAGACUCGGGUCAACCGCAUAGAUAUAGCAAAUUUGGAUGGAAGCCAGAGGGUUACCCUUAUAACUGAAAACUUGGGGCGCCCGAGAGGAGUUGCUGUGGACCCAACUGUGGGCUAUUUAUUUUUCUCUGACUGGGCAAGCCUUUCUGGGCAGCCCAAGCUGGAAAGAGCUUUCAUGGAUGGCAGCAACCGGAGAGACUUGGUGAAGACAAAGUUGGGGUGGCCAGCUGGCAUCACCUUGGAUAUUGUAUCCAAGCGUGUUUACUGGGUGGACUGCCGGUAUGACUACAUUGAAACUGUGACGUACGACGGAAUCCAAAGGAAGACAGUAGUUCGUGGAGGCUCGCUCGUACCUCAUCCUUUUGGAAUAAGCUUGUUUGAGAAUACCUUGUACUUUACUGAUUGGACAAAGAUGGCUGUGAUGAAGGCAAACAAAUUCACGGAGACCAAUCCCCAGGCGUACUACCAGUCUUCCCUGAGGCCCUACGGAGUGACUGUUUACCACGCCCUCAGACAGCCCUACGCCAGCAACCCGUGUGGCACCAACAAUGGUGGCUGUGAGCAGGUGUGCGUGCUCAGCCACAGGACCGAUAACGGCGGCCUGGGCUUCCGCUGCAAGUGCACCUUCGGCUUUGAACUGCAGGCCGAUGAACGCCACUGCGCUGCUAUUAAGAAAUUCCUGUUGUUUUCAUCUCAAGUGGCUGUGCGCGGAAUCCCUCUUACUCAGUCUACGCAGGAAGACGUCAUGGUGCCAAUCACAGCAUCUCCUUCUUUUUUCCUUGGAAUUGACUAUGAUGCCCGGGAGAACACCAUCUUUUAUUCAGAUACAUUUAAAGACAUUAUUUAUAAACAAAAGCUCGAUGGCACAGGAAGAGAAAGCCUCACAGGUAACAGGUUGGAAAAUGUUGAAAGUCUGAGUUUUGACUGGAUUUCAAGGAACCUCUACUGGGCCGACGCUGCGCUGAAGAGUAUCAGCGUCAUGAGGCUCGCUGAUAAGUCAAGACGGGCCCUAGUCAACAAUUUAAACAGCCCACGGUCCAUUGUGGUUCAUCCUUCAGCCGGGUAUAUAUUCAUCAGUGAUUGGUUCCGCCCUGCUAAGAUUCUGAGAGCAUGGUGCGAUGGCUCCCAUCUUGUGCCUAUAGUCAACACUACCCUUGGAUGGCCCAAUGGCUUGGCUAUUGACUGGAGUGCUUCACGAUUGUACUGGGUAGAUGCCUUUUUUGAUAAAAUCGAACACAGCACCUUUGAUGGUUUAGACAGAAGGAAACUGGAUGACAUAGAGCAGAUGACACAACCAUUUGGACUCACCAUUUUUCAAGAGUAUGUAUUUUUUACUGACUGGAGGCUGGGCGCAAUUGUUCGAGUCAGGAAAGCAGAUGGUGGAGAUCGGAGCAUCAUUCGAAGUGGCAUCAGUAAUCUAAUGCAUGUGAAAACAUAUGAUGCGGACAUCCAGACAGGGUCUAACAACUGCAACCAACGCACCCAUCCCAAUGGAGACUGCAGCCACUUCUGCUUCCCGGUGCCCAAUUUCCAGCGAGUGUGUGGGUGCCCCUAUGGGAUGAAGCUUAGUUCCGAUCAAAUGACAUGUGAGGAAGACCCAGUCCAUGAGCCACCCAUGUCGCAAUGUGGCUCAUUCUCUUUUGCCUGCAACAAUGGCAAAUGUGUACCUGAUUUCUACCGCUGUGAUGGAAUUGAUGAUUGUCAUGACAAUAGUGAUGAGCUUUUAUGUGGCUCGCUGAAUUAUACUUGCUCACCUUCAUCAUUCACCUGUCACCACGGGGGACAGUGCAUCCCUUCCUAUUGGCUCUGUGACAAGCAAAACGACUGUACAGAUGGCAGCGAUGAGCAAAACUGCCCAACUCAAGCACACACCACUUGCCGCGAGUCCUACUUCACUUGUGAGAACAGCAUGUGUAUCCCCAAAAACUGGAUCUGUGACACCGACAAUGACUGCGGGGACGGGUCUGAUGAAAAGAACUGCGAAACUUCAGAGACAUGCCAGCCAACCCAGUUUCAUUGCCCCGAUCACCGGUGUAUUGACCUCACUUACGUCUGUGACGGGGACAAGGACUGCGCUGAUGGAUCGGAUGAAGCUGGCUGUGUGUUCAACUGUACGAGUACUCAGUUCAAGUGUGCUGAUGGGAGCGAGUGCCUUGACAGCCGGUACCGGUGUGACGGGGUUGCUGAUUGCAAGGACAGCUCUGAUGAGGCAGGCUGCCCCACCCGGCCUCCUGGUAUGUGCCACACAGAUGAAUUUCAGUGCCAAGGAGAUGGUACCUGCCUCCCCAAUACGUGGGAGUGUGAUGGGCACCAAGACUGUAUUGAUGGAUCUGAUGAGCACCACGGCUGUGUCCCCAGGACCUGUUCCUCAUCUCAGUUCCGCUGUGACAAUGGAAACUGUGUUUACAAAGGCUGGGUCUGCGAUGGGGACAAUGACUGCAGGGAUCUGAGUGAUGAGAAGGACUGCCCCACUCAGCCCUUCCGCUGUCCCAGUUGGCAGUGGCAGUGUCCCGGCCACAGCAUCUGUGUCAAUCUGAGUGCUCUGUGUGAUGACAUCUUUGACUGCCCCAAUGGGACUGAUGAGUCCCCGCUUUGCAACCAGGACAGCUGUUCAAAUUUAAAUGGUGGUUGUACUCACCAGUGUAUUGACGGGCCCUUUGGAGCUAGAUGUAUUUGUCCAUCUGGAUACCAACUAGCCAAUGAUACUAAGACCUGCGAAGACAUAAACGAAUGUGCUAUUCCAGGCUUUUGUAGCCAGCAGUGUUUAAACAUGAGAGGUUCUUUCAGGUGUGCCUGUGGUCCAGACUACAUGAUAGAAGAUGAUGGGAGGACUUGCAAAGUUACAGCAUCUGAAAGUGUACUGUUACUUGUGGCAAGUCUGAACAAAAUCAUAGCUGACAACUUCACCUCCCAGGUCCAUAAUAUGUAUCCGUUGAUCCAGGAUGCUUCGUACAUUGUAUCUGUUGAUUUCGAUUCCGUCACUGGUCGUAUCUUUUGGUCGGACUUAAAUCAGGGCAAAACCUGGAGUGCCUUUCAAAAUGGGACAGACCGGAAAGUAGUACAUGAGAGUGGUUCUUCUGUGACAGAAACUAUUGCAGUAGAUUGGAUAGGCCGUAAUCUCUACUGGACAGACUAUGCUCUGGAAACAAUUGAUGUAUCUAAAAUUGAUGGAAGCCACAGGACAGUCCUGAUCAGCAAAAAUGUAUCAAAUCCAAGGGGACUAGCUUUAGAUCCCAGGCAGUAUGUGCAUCUAAUGUUCUGGUCUGACUGGGGCCAUUACCCUCGCAUUGAGCGAGCCAGCAUGGACGGCACUAUGCGCACUGUUAUCGUUCAGGACAAGAUCUACUGGCCCUGUGGCUUAACUAUUGACCUCCCUAACCGAUUGCUCUACUUCAUGGAUUCCUAUCUGGACUACAUUGACUUUUGUGAUUAUGAUGGACACAAUCGGAGACAGGUGAUUGCCAGUGAUUUGGUCCUGCGGCAGCCCUUCGCGCUGACACUCUUUGAGGAGACUGUGUACUGGACUGACAGCGCGACUCGCCGGGUUAUGCAGGCCAACAAGUGGCACGGCGGAAACCAGUCGGUCGUAAUGUAUAAUGUCCACCGGCCCCUCGGGGUGGUGGUCAUUCACCCUGCAAAGCAACCGGCUUCUCAGAAUCCGUGUGCCUCAAACCCCUGCAGCCAUCUAUGCCUGCUUUCCACACAGGGGCCGAGGUUCUACUCGUGUGCUUGCCCAUCAGGAUGGAACCUCUCUCACGAUUCCGUGAACUGCUUGAGAGGUGAUCAACCUUUCUUGAUGACUGUAAGAGACAGGGUGAUUUUUGGGAUAUCGCUUGAUCCUUCAGUAAAGAGCAAUGACGCUAUGGUACCCAUAUCAGGGAUACACAAUGGCUUUGAUGUUGAAUUUGAUGAAUCAGAGCAAUUCAUCUAUUGGGCUGAGAAUCCGGGUGAAAUUCACAGAGUGAAGACAGAUGGUACCAACAGGACAGUUUUUGCUCCUUUAUCUCUGUUGGGCUCUUCUUUCAGCCUGGCCUUCGAUUGGCUAUCAAGAAACAUUUAUUAUUCCACGCCUUCAAGUCACUCAAUUGAGGUGAUGACGCUGCGGGGCGAUACGAGGUAUGGAAAAACACUGAUUACUAAUGACGGCACCACUCUGGGCACUGGUUUCCCAGUUGGAAUAGCUGUUGAUCCUGUUCGUGGGAAACUGUACUGGUCAGACCAAGGAACGGACAGUGGGAUUCCUGCUAAGAUUGCAAGUGCUAACAUGGAUGGCACAUCUUUAAGAACUCUCUUCACUGGGAACCUGGAACACCUGGAGGUCGUCACCCUCGAUAUCCAGGAGCAGAAGCUCUACUGGGCCGUGACCAGCAGAGGAGUGAUUGAAAGAGGAAACGUGGAUGGCACAGAGCGCAUGAUCCUGGUGCACCACCUUUCCCACCCAUGGGGAAUCGCUGUCUUUGGUUCCUUCCUUUAUUAUACUGAUGAACAGUAUGAGGUCAUCGAAAGAGUUGACAAAUCCUCUGGGACCAACAAAGUAGUCUUGAGAGACAACAUUUCAAACCUGAGGGGCCUUCGAGUUUACCACAGACGCAGCAUUGCUGGAUCCUCAAAUGGCUGUAGCAACAAUGUGAAUGCUUGUCAGCAGAUUUGCCUGCCUGUACCAGGUGGCCUGUUCUCCUGCGCCUGUGCCACUGGAUAUAAACUCAAUCCUGAUGGUCGGACGUGCUCUCUUCAUACCUCAUUCAUUGUUGUUUCCAUGCUGACUGUCAUCAGAGGCUUCAAUGUGGAACUGGCAGAUCAUGCUGAGGCCAUGGUGCCUGUGGCGGGUCAAGGACGAAACGCGCUGCAUGUGGAUGUGGACAUCCCCUCUGGCUUCAUCUACUGGUGUGAUUUUAGCAGCUCUCGGGCGGCCGUCAAUGCAAUUCACAGAAUCAAACCAGAUGGGUCUUCUUUUAACAGCAUCGUCACCUCCGGCAUAGGAACAAAUGGAGUCCGAGGCAUUGCAGUGGACUGGGUAGCAGGCAAUCUCUACUUCACCAAUGCCUUUGUGUCUGAAACACUGGUAGAAGUACUACGGAUCAAUACUACCUACCGCCGCGUUCUCCUUAAAGUCACAGUGGAUAUGCCUCGGCAUAUUGUCGUUGACCCCAAGAACAGAUAUCUCUUCUGGGCUGACUAUGGGCAGAUACCAAAGAUUGAACGUUCUUUUCUUGACUGCUCCAACCGAACUGUACUUGUGUCCGAAGGCAUCGUCACACCACGGGGCUUGGCAGUGGACAGCAGCAGUGACUAUAUUUACUGGGUUGACGAUUCUUUAGACCUCAUUGCAAGGAUCAGUCUCCAUGGAGGGGAGUCUGAAGUGAUUCGUUAUGGCAGUCGUUACCCAACUCCUUAUGGCAUCACUGUUUUUGAAAAUUCCAUCAUAUGGGUGGAUAGGAACUUGAAAAAAAUCUUCCGAGCUAGCAAGGAGCCAGGGCAUGUAGAGCCACCAUUAGUGAUCAGAGAUAAUAUCGACUGGCUCAGGGAUGUGACUGUCUUUGAUGAGCAUGUCCAGCCCCGCUCACCAGCAGCGGUCAACAACAACCCCUGCUUGCAAAAUAAUGGAGGAUGCUCCCAUUUCUGUUUCGCUUUGCCUGAAUCACAAACCCCAAAAUGUGGAUGUGCUUUUGGGACUCUGGACAGUGAUGGUAAGAGCUGUGCCAUCUCCAGAGAAGACUUCCUCAUUUUUGCCUUGGAUAAGUCCUUGAGAAGUUUACACUUUAACCUUGAAGAUCAUAGUUCACCUUUCCAGGAAAUCACCGUGGGGAGACCUAUCAUUGCUCUGGACUAUGACAGCAGGGAUAAUAGAAUCUUCUUCACACAGUUUUUAGGCCCUGGACGUGGCCAGAUUUCCCAUGUUAGCCUGUAUUCAGGGACCACUUCUCCAACUGUCAUUGUUUCGGAUAUAGGAACUUCUGAUGGCAUUGCCUUUGACUGGAUCAAUAGACGAAUUUAUUAUAGUGACUACACCAACCAGACAAUUAAUUCCAUGGCUGAAGAUGGAUCUAAGCGUACUGUGAUAGCCCGUGUUUCAAAACCAAGAGCUAUCGUGUUAGAUCCUUGCCGAGGGUUCAUGUACUGGACUGACUGGGGUACUGAGGCCAAAAUCGAGAGAGCCACAUUGGGAGGAAACUUCCGGGUACCCAUUGUGAACAGCAGCCUAGUUUGGCCCAAUGGGCUCACUCUGGACCACGAGACAGACCUUCUCUACUGGGCGGAUGCUAGUCUGCAGAAGAUUGAGCGCAGUACUCUGAUGGGCUUGAACCGUGAAGUUGUGGUCAGCAACGCCUUUCAUUCUUUUGGCUUGACCCUCUAUGGACAGUACAUUUACUGGACUGACAUCUUCACCAAAAAGAUAUACCGAGCUAACAAAUACGACGGGUCAGAUCAGGUCGCCAUCACCACCACUUUUUCUGCCCGUCCUAUGGGUAUUAGCACGGUUACAAAAAAUGAGCAACAGCAGUGUAGCAAUCCUUGUGAUGAGUUUAAUGGGGGCUGCAGUCACAUUUGUGCCCCAGGCCCAAGUGGAGCAGAGUGUCAAUGCCCACAUGAAGGCCAGUGGUAUCUGGCCAACAAUAACAAGCACUGUAUUGUGGACACUGGGGCCCGGUGUAGUGAUUCCCAAUUCACCUGCUUUAAUGGGCACUGCAUUGUGGAGCACUGGAAAUGUGAUAAUGACAAUGAUUGCGGUGAUGGCAGUGAUGAGCUGCAAUCUGUCUGUGCAUUCCACACCUGCCAGCCAACAGCCUUCACUUGUGCUAAUGGGCGCUGUGUCCAGUAUAGUUAUCGCUGUGACUUCUACAAUGACUGUGGUGACAACAGUGAUGAAGUAGGCUGCCAGUUUAGGAACUGCAACGAGACCACGGAAUUCACCUGCAGCAAUGGAAGGUGCAUACCCCUGGAAUAUGUCUGCAACGGCGUGAACAACUGCCAUGAUAAUGACACUUCGGAUGAGAAAAAUUGCCUUGACCGCACUUGCCAGCCUGGGUACACAAAAUGCCAGAAUACCAAUAUUUGUAUUCCCCGAGGUUACUUGUGUGAUGGAGACAAUGACUGUGGGGAUAUGAGUGACGAAAGCCCCACUUACUGCAUCACGCACACGUGCAGCAGCACCGAGUUCCAGUGCGGGUCUCCGCCGCGCUGCAUCCCGCAGCGGUGGUACUGCGAUGACGAAGCCGACUGUCCCGACGGCUCUGACGAACCUGCCACCUGCGCACACUCUGAGCAAACCUGCUCAAGCAAUCAGUUCCGCUGUGAUGCUGGCAGGUGCAUCCCAAAUGACUGGAUCUGUGAUGGUGACAAUGACUGCGGGGACAUGAGUGAUGAGGAUGAGAGGCAUCACUGUGAAAAUAAGAGCUGCUCAAGUUCCCAGUUUUUCUGUGCAAAUAACAGAUAUCCAAGCAGGAAAUGCAUUCCCCAAACCUGGGUGUGUGAUGGAGAUGCAGAUUGUGCUGAUGCCCUUGAUGAGCUGCAGAACUGCACCAGAAACCCUUGUGCAGACUACGAAUUCACCUGCGGAAAUGGACGGUGCAUUUCACGGUUAUUCAGCUGUGACCGGCGCAACGACUGCGGCGAUUACAGUGACGAGAGGGACUGCUCCUACCCGCCGUGCCCAGCGGGCGAGUUUACCUGUCAGAAUGGGCGCUGCAUUAACCAGGCCUAUGUCUGUGAUGAGGACAAUGACUGUGGAGAUGAGUCUGAUGAGCUGGAACACCUGUGCCACACUCCAGAAGUCACCUGCCCCCCUCAUCAGUUCAGGUGUGAUAAUGGCCACUGCAUCGAGGCUGGGAAAGUCUGCAACCACCAAGAUGACUGCUCUGACAACAGUGAUGAGAAAGGCUGUGGCAUUAAUGAGUGCCAGGACCCUUCAAUCAGUGGCUGUGAUCACAACUGCACAGACACUCUAACCAGUUUCUACUGUUCCUGUCUUCCUGGCUACAAACUCAUGUCUGACAAGCGCACUUGUGUUGAUAUUGAUGAAUGCAAGGAGACGCCUCAUGUCUGCAGCCAGAAGUGUGAGAACACAGUAGGGUCCUACAUUUGCAAGUGUGCCCCAGGCUAUAUCCGAGAACCAGAUGGAAAGACCUGCCGACAGAACAGUAACAUUGAGCCCUAUCUCAUCUUUAGUAACCGUUACUACUUGAGAAAUUUAACUACAGAUGGCAAGCUUUACUCACUCAUUUUGCAAGGAUUGCACAAUGUUGUGGCACUGGAUUUUGACAGAGUAGACAAGAGAUUGUACUGGAUUGAUACACAGAGGCAAGUUAUUGAGAGAAUGUUUCUGAAUAUGUCAAACCGGGAGACAAUUGUAAGCCACAGACUUCCACGUGCAGAAAGCUUGGCUGUGGACUGGGUUUCCAGAAAACUCUACUGGUUGGAUGCCACCCUGGAUUGCCUGUUUGUCUCUGACCUUGAUGGUCGACACCGCCGCUUGCUAGCCCAGCACUGCGUGGAUGCCAACAACACCUUCUGCUUUGAAAAUCCCAGAGGAAUUGUUCUCCACCCUCAAAAUGGGCAUGUCUACUGGGCAGACUGGGGAAGCCGUGCAUACAUUGGCAGAGUGGGCAUGGAUGGAGCCAAUAAGUCUGUGAUUAUCUCUACCAAGGUGGAAUGGCCCAAUGCCAUUACCAUUGACUACACCAAUGAUCACCUGUACUGGGCUGAUGCUCACCUGGGUUACAUUGAGUACUCUGAUUUGGAGGGCCACAAACGACAUACAGUGUAUAAUGGAAUUCUGUCUCACCCCUUCGCCAUUACCAUUUUUGAAGACACAGUGUUUUGGACAGAUUGGAAUACCAGGACAGUUGAAAAGGGAAACAAAUAUGAUGGGUCAGAUAGGGCGAUGCUGGUGAACACAACACACAGGCCCUUUGACAUCCACGUGUACCAUCCAUACAGGCAGCCCAUUGUGAGCAAUCCCUGUGGUACCAACAAUGGUGGCUGCUCUCAUCUGUGCCUCAUCAAAGCAGGAGGGGGAGGAGUCACCUGUGAGUGUCCCGAUGACUUUCAGACAAUUCGACUGAGGGACAGAACCCUUUGCCUGCCUAUGUGCUCCAGUACUCAGUUCCUGUGUGGUAACAAUGAAAAAUGUAUUCCCAUCUGGUGGAAGUGUGACGGGCAGAAAGAUUGCUCGGAUGGCUCUGAUGAAUCAGACCUAUGCCCACAUCGCUUCUGUCGCCUGGGACAAUUCCAGUGCAGAGAUGGCAACUGCACCAGCCCCCAGGCCUUGUGCAACGCUAACCAGGACUGUGCCGACGGCUCUGACGAAGAGCGAAGUCUCUGCGAGCAUCACCGGUGUGAGACCAAUGAAUGGCAGUGUGCCAACAAGCGUUGCAUCCCAGAGGCCUGGCAGUGUGACUCAGUGAAUGACUGCCAAGAUAACUCAGAUGAGGACAGUUCCCACUGCUCCAGCAGGACCUGCAGGCCGGGCCAGUUCAGAUGUAACAACGGACGGUGCAUCCCGCAGAGCUGGAAGUGCGACGUAGACAACGACUGCGGAGACUAUUCAGAUGAGCCCAUCCACGAAUGCAUGACCGCUGCCUACAACUGUGACAACCACACAGAAUUCAGCUGCAAAACAAACUACCGCUGCAUCCCCCAGUGGGCCGUGUGCAAUGGCGCGGACGACUGCAGGGACAACAGCGACGAGCAAGGCUGCGAGGCAAGGCCGUGCAGCCCUGGGGAUUUCCGCUGUAAGAACCACCACUGCAUCCCGCUUCGCUGGAAGUGUGACGGCUAUGAUGACUGCGGAGAUGACUCAGACGAGGAAGAAUGUGUUCCUCGGGAGUGCUCAGAGAGCGAGUUUCAAUGUGCUGAUAAGCAGUGCAUCCCCUCUCGAUGGGUCUGUGACCAGGACAAUGACUGUGGGGACAACUCUGAUGAACGGGACUGUGAGCUGAGGACCUGCCAUCCUGAACAUUUUCAGUGUACAAGCGGACACUGUAUACCCAACACCCUGAAAUGUGAUGGAAGGGCUGACUGUUUGGAUGCCUCUGAUGAAUCCACUUGCCCCACUCGCUUUCCUAAUGGUACCUACUGCCCAGCUGUGAUGUUCGAAUGCAAAAACCAUGUGUGCAUCCAGUCCUUUUGGACCUGUGAUGGGGAGGACGACUGUGGAGAUGGCUCUGAUGAAGAACUUCACCUGUGCUUCAAUGUUCCAUGCAACGCACCUCACCGUUUCCGGUGUGACAACAGUCGCUGUGUGUAUUCUCACCAGCUGUGCAACGGUGUGGACGACUGCGGAGACGGAACGGAUGAGAAAGUGGAGCACUGUAGAAAACCAACCCCUAAACCUUGCACAGAAAAUGAAUAUAAGUGUAGCAAUGGUAACUGCAUUUUGCAGCAAUAUGUGUGUGACGACGUCGAUGACUGUGGUGACCGUUCUGAUGAAAUAGGCUGCAAUCUCGGAGACAAAAGAACAUGUGCUGAAAAUGUAUGUGAACACAAUUGUACCCAGCUGAGUGGAGGAGGAUUUAUCUGCUCUUGUAGAACUGGGUUCAAAGCUGGUACUCUGGACAGAAAUUCUUGCCAAGAUAUCGAUGAAUGUGAGGAAUUUGGGGUUUGUCCUCAAAGCUGUCAAAAUUCCAAAGGAAGUUAUGAAUGUUUUUGCGCGGAUGGCUUCACGUCUAUGAGCGCCCACCAUGGAGAACGGUGUGCUGCUAAUGGAAAUCCUCCUCUGUUGCUCCUGCCUGAGAAUGUUCGAAUUCGAAAGUACAAUGUGUCAUCUGAAAAGUUCUCAGAAUAUCUUGAGGAGGAGGAACAUAUCCAGACUCUUGACUAUGACUGGGACCCCGAGGGCAUGGGCCUCAGUGUUGUAUAUUACACUGUGCUGGGACAGGGCUCUGAAUUUGGUGCUAUCAGACGAGCCUACAUCCCUGGCUUCGAAUCUGGCAGCAAUAAUCCCAUACGUGAAGUUGACCUGGGCCUGAAUUACAUCAUGCAGCCUGACGGACUAGCGGUCGACUGGGUUGGAAGGCAUAUUUACUGGUCAGAUGCCAAGAGCCAACGGAUUGAGGUGGCUACGCUUGAUGGAAGGUACAGAAAGUGGCUGAUUACUACCCAACUGGAUCAGCCAGGUGCAAUUGUUGUGAAUCCUAAGCUAGGGCUUAUGUUCUGGACAGAUCAGGGAAAAGAACCUAAAAUCGAGUCUGCCUGGAUGAAUGGGGAACACCGCAGUGUUUUGGUUUCUGAGGACCUUGGUUGGCCAAAUGGCCUUACCAUAGAUUAUCUGAAUGGUGACCGGAUCUAUUGGAGUGACUCAAAGGAGGAUGUAAUUGAAACCAUAAAAUAUGAUGGGACUGACAGAAGAAUCAUUGUAAAUGAAGCAAUAAAGCCUUUCAGUCUGGAUGUCUUUGAAGACCAGUUAUAUUGGGUUGCCAAGGAGAAGGGAGAGGUGUGGAAACAAAACAAAUUUGGGAAAGGACAGAAAGAGAAAAUGCUAGUAGUGAAUCCUUGGCUUACUCAAGUUCGAAUCUUUCAUCAGCUCAGAUACAAUCAGUCAGUGACCAAUCCUUGCAAACAAGUCUGCAGCCACCUCUGCCUCCUGAGACCUGGAGGAUACAGCUGCGCCUGUCCCCAAGGCUCCAGUUUCCUCAGUGGCAGCACUGUUGAAUGUGAUGCAGCCAUUGAACUUCCCAUCACCAUGCCUCCUCCAUGCAGGUGUAUGUACGGAGGAAACUGCUAUUUUGAUGAAAAUGGCCUCCCUAAAUGCAAAUGUUCUAGUGGCUACACUGGAGAACACUGUGAGCUUGGGCUCUCCAGAGGAGCCUCUCCGGGAACAACAAUGGCUGUGCUGUUGACCUUCCUUCUCAUCAUCAUCAUUGGCGCGCUGGCUGUCGUUGCGUUUUUCCACUAUAAGAAAACUGGCUCUCUCUUGCCUGCUCUGCCCAAGCUUCCGAGCUUAAGCAGUCUUGCCAAACCCUCUGAAAAUGGAAAUGGAGUGACCUUCAGAUCAGGGACAGAUGUUAGCAUGGAUAUUGGAGUAUCUGCUUUUGGCCCUGAGUCUGCUAUUGACAGAUCCAUGGCAAUGAAUGAAAACUUUGUAAUGGAAGUUGGGAAGCAACCUGUGAUAUUUGAGAACCCCAUGUAUGCAGCCAAAGAUACUACUGUGAGAACGGUCCUGCCAGCUCAGGUUGCUAUAUCUGGAAAUGUGGAUAACAAGAAUUAUGGAAGUCCUGUAGAUCCCUCUGAGAUAGAUCCAGAGUCAAAGACCACUUCCCCAGGUGCUGAUGGAGCUCAGGCCACAAAAUGGAACAUCUUCAAACGAAAACCAAAGCAAACCACCAACUUUGAAAAUCCAAUCUAUGCAGAGAUGGACAACGAGCAAAAGGAAAGUGUGGCUGUGGCCCCACCCCCUUCUCCUUCACUCCCUGCCAAGCCUCUGAGAAAAGAUGCCACUCCAGGCUACACAGCCACCGAAGAUACCUUUAAAGACACUGCCAAUCUUGUUAAAGAAGAUUCUGAAAUAUAGCCAUGCCAGCUACCUAGGGAAUAAAUAGAAAUACACUUUUGCACGUAUAUAUUUUUACAAAUGAAAAAGUUAACAUUCAGUACUUUAUAAAAAAUAUAUUUUUCUCUAUUUGCUUAUAGUUGAAAGUGUCUUGUGUGUCUUUUUUUACUUAUGCUAUUUUUACAAAUAAUUAUCACAGUGUACUAUAUGUAUAUCUUUGCACUGACAUUGUCUGAAGGUAUUGCUAUAAAUAUUUUGUACAUUUGUAAAUUUUGCAGAGAUUAUCACAUCACUGAAUUUUCUAAUGAAAAUAUCUGUUGCGUUGGUUGAUGAUCACUAGAAUAAAUGAUCCAGUGAGGACAGGAUCAGCCCGGGGCCUUUAGUCUAAAGAAGAGAGACCUCUUGUGUUUUCUUAAAAAAAUAUAUCCAGGAAAGGACUCCAAGCCCCAUUCUUGGGUCCAUUUUUAUUUUUACACAGCAGCACUUAAUGUUCAAUACUACAUGCCAACUUGAUUAAUGGAGGCCACUGUUUGCAGCAUAGACACCUGGAUUGGACUGUAAAUGCUUCCAGCAAUACAAAAGAUACCAAACGUGAAUUGGUGUCACCCUUCUGUGUGCUUCUGUUGACUCACUAACCUGUACACACAUUAUGUGUCUCCCUAGCUGCCAGGUCAACAUUUAUAUCUGUGAUAUCUACGAGGAAACCUCAUGCCAGUAAGCACAAGUGUCCUACACUGAGUUUAUAUUUCACUGACUGAGCUCCUUUGCUUGACAGAUUUUAGAGCAACUUAUGCCCUUGCCUGGCAUCUCAGGUGUUACCUACCUUAAUGACUGGAGCUCAGUAGCUGAAUUACUAAAACCAAAUCUGUAUCUUUAUGUUGUAAGGUGCAAAACAAAUGCCAGUUAAGCGGAGCCUCAAAUGGGCUUUUGUUUCUGUGUGCAAAAAUAGCAUUAUGUUGACUAUUUAUUUCUUAAAUUGAACAUGAAUAGAAAGGGAAAACAUUCAUAUUGAGCCUUUUUUUUUUCAGGUCUUUGCCUAAACCUGUACAUUUCUGUUAGGAUGUCCUGUACAGCGCAGCUGUUCUCUUGAGUAGUUGGUAUAGUCUCCAUGACAGGAACCAUGGCAGGAAUAUACAAUUUUCUAGCAAUUCCGUAGCAUUCCUGGUUCUCUGUGCUAAUAUUGCACAUGUGUUAAACAAUGAAUGGAUGGAUGGAUGGAUGAAUGAAUGAAUGAAAUAUACUACUGAUUAUUUUAUUACUGAGUUCUCAAAAUAUUUGUUGCUCAUAUUUUGAGUACUGAUUGUAAUUAUUUUUGAAAUGUACUUUGAUUAGAAAAGCAACUGGAAAUGAUGCUGCUGAAAAAUUUCUAAUAAAUGUGUAUUUUAUCAGAA